ACGCAUUCCCUAGUUAAACUUGGGCGUUACAUCAUCAGCACAUUUAGAGAGAGAGAGAGAGAGCCAGAGGGGCCUUUUAAGCCCCCAUUAAAUGCUAGAAAAUCCACAGUUUCUGGAAUUGGAUUCCUGAUCAUCUUUUGGAGUUUCUGAUCAGGCCGCUUCUUGCCCUCCUCAACACCACGGAUUUCGGGCCCUGAUGCUCUCAACCUUAGCUUCUAAUUGAUUCUCGUCUUUGUGAUUUUCCUUUCAUAUGCAAGUACCGUUAUGGAUGAGCUAAAUGAAGAAUGGGAAGAGAAAGAGCAGGGAAGAGAAAAAGCAGCAGAAAAAGAAGAGGAAGAAGAAGAAGAGGAAGAGGAAGAAGAAGCAUCGUGGCCUCGAUGGCUGAAGCCUCUCCUCCAAACGACCUUUUUCACCAACUGCAACUUCCACGGUGAGCCCAACAACAUGUACUGCCUAGACUGCAUGAAUGGCGCUUUGUGCUCCUCUUGCCUCAUCCCUCACAGAGACCAUCAUUUCAUUCAGAUCAGACGGUCAUCAUAUCACGAUGUGAUUAGGGUAUCCGAGAUCCAGAAGGUGCUGGACAUCUCCGGGGUGCAGACCUACGUGAUCAACGGCGCAAGGGUGGUGUUCUUGAACCAGAGGCCGCAGCUCCGGCCAGCCAAAGCCGUCAGCAACACCUGCAGGAUCUGUGACAGGAGCCUUCUUGACUCCUCUUACUAUUGCUCUCUUGGUUGCAAGAUCACCGGCACUUCAGGCAGCCAUCGACGAAAACAGUCACCACAGCGCCAUUCGGAGACCGGGGAUUCUUCGUCCGGCUGCCGGAAAGUUGAAUCGGCAACGGUGCCGUCUUCGGAUUCAAGGAGAGAGAAAAGAAGGAAAGGGACUCCUCAUAGGGCGCCCAUGGGAUGUUGCUAAUGCAUAUGGAGUGAGAGAGAAAGCGAAAGAUGGAGAGAGAGAUGUAUGUCUAAAACUGUAUCGUAAAGAAAAAAUAGUGGAAUAAGCAACCAAAAGAUAAGUGGGUUUGUAGAUUCUAAUUGUAAAUCUCCAGCACAAAAAAGAGACGUGGGAUUGAGAAUUAUAUAAACAAUGCAAAGGAUUAAUUAUGGUGGCGUAGUUCCGCUUUCUGAUAUUUAA